AAAUCUGGCAACAUAGUGUGACGUGUUCAGGUGACACGUCAACCACCCGGAAGAGGAUUUCUGUCCAACCUGUUAUUUUGCUGUCGCGAGGAGGACUGAAAUCUUGACGAAAUGGGUAACUUCUUCAGUGAUCUCUUUGGAAGGUUGUUUGGGGUCAGAGAGAUGAGGAUUUUGAUCCUGGGUUUGGACGGCGCGGGAAAAACCACCAUUUUGUACCGAUUGCAGGUCGGAGAGGUGGUCACCACAAUCCCCACGAUCGGUUUCAAUGUGGAGACGGUGACAUUCAAGAAUCUGAAGUUCCAGGUGUGGGAUUUGGGGGGACAGACGAGUAUCAGGCCCUACUGGCGGUGUUAUUACUCGAAUACAGACGCGAUCAUCUACGUCGUUGACAGCUGUGACCGCGACAGGAUGGGCAUCUCCAAGUCUGAGCUGGUGGCGAUGCUGGAGGAGGAGGAGCUGAAGAAGGCAAUCCUUCUGGUGUUUGCAAACAAACAGGACCUGGACCAGGCCAUGACGCCCUCUGAGGUGGCCCACGCGCUCGGCCUUCCCGCGCUCAAAGAGAGGACGUGGCAGAUUUUCAAAACGUCGGCCCUCAAAGGCUCCGGCCUGGAUGAGGGCAUGGAAUGGUUGGUGGACGCCCUGAAGACGCGGCAGUGAAGGCCGCCCCCUCUCGUAUGAAGCCUUGUGACUGACUCCAACCCCCACCCCCGGGACCUUUGGUUGCACUCCUAAUGCCCCCUUCUGUCCCCCUCGUCUUCAGCCCACCUGAAGUCUCAGCUGAGUUCUCAAUCACUCAACGCCUUCGAAGCCUGGGACUAAAAAUUAAAGGCUGCAGUAACAACUGGACCCCAACACACUCGCAGAGCUCCGCCCCCUCCCCGCGUAUACUGCGGUCGGGUGGCUGCCUGCACUGAUGGCUGGCAAAUGGACUGCAGCGUAGAAACCUUUUCAUGUUAGAUUAUAAGGCAUCAACGUCUGAUGGAGGGAAAGACUGAACACCUGUUGUUAAUGAGCUUUUGUCAAACGACAUCCCUUUAAUUCGACUCCUCCUGGCAGUGAGACGCUCGGUGCGAAUGCUGGAACAAAAAUCCACUGAGAGGUUUUUGUUUUCACGGUUUCUAACACCUGAUAACCACUUUGGUCCCGCCAACAACAAUAGAGCAAACAAUGGGUAAAAUACCGAAAAUACUUCCCCCUCUGGCCAACAAGUGUUACUGCAGCAUGUGUGGUUUGUGUGUACUAUUGUCAGGGUAGAUGAAGUUUUUUUUUUUCCUUUUUUUUCUUAUUCAUUUUUUUUUUUAUCUGAUUUGGUAGUUCAGGUCCUUUUCCAAUGAGAGUCCAUUGAUGCAGCUUUGACAUAAAUACUGAACACUAAGUGUGCUCAAACGUUUUAUGGUUUCAUAUUUAUCUGCCUGUACAGUGGAAAUGAUUCAGUAAACAUCAGUGAUUGUA